AUGGUUGAAGCACUCCUGGAAUCAGGAGGCCAAGAAGUUGCGGUGGCUGAUAAUGGAUCACGCGCCGGUACGCCUACGGAAUGCUCGCCACAAAUAUCACAAUUGGACAUCAAUUUGACUCCUAUCCAGGAGUUUUAUGCUGGCCAGAGUAUUUUUAUCACUGGUGGCACGGGAUUUUUAGGAAAAUUGAUCAUUGAAAAAUUAUUGAGAAGUUGCUCCAAUCUCUCGGUCAUCUAUCUGCUGGUUCAACAACCAAAAUUUCGCCACAAAAUAGUCGCAAUAGAAGGCGACUGCAGUGUUCCAAAUCUUGGAAUAUCAGAAACCGAUCGGAUUACUCUGAUAAAUCAUGUAUCAAUAGUUUUUCAUGUCGCAGCAACGCUGAGCUUUGAUGAAAAAAUAAAACUUGCCGUAUCAAUUAAUAUUCAGAGCCUGCGGGACAUGAUUAGUCUCAGUAAAAAGAUGUCUAAGCUCAAGUCCUUUGUCCACGUUUCCACUGCUUACGCUUAUUGUACCGAGAAAAAAAUAGAAGAAAAAUUAUACACACCUCCCAUUGACGCAGACAAACUGGUCAGUCUGAUGAAUUGUGUCGACAAUAAUAUCGCCGAUAAAUUGACUCCACACUUGUUAGGCCGCUGGCCAAAUACAUACGCAUACACAAAAGCAAUUGCCGAGAAUGUGGUGGAAAAAGAAGCUGUAGGCUUGCCUAUCGGAAUAUUCAGACCCGCAAUUGUAAUUUCAACAUAUCUGGAGCCCAUAAAAGGAUGGAUCGACAACUUUUAUGGGCCAACGGGUGUUGCAGCUGGCGCUGGAACAGGUCUAUUGCGUUCUCUUCACUGCGACGGAUCUGUCCAUGCAAACGUAGUGCCCGGAGACAUGGUUGUCAAUGCACUGAUAGCUUCUGCGUAUGACGUAAUGGAAGAAUAUAACCAUCAGAAGUCGGAACAAACGAUCCCUGUUUACAAUUACGUCUCUCAGGACAACGCUAUCUCCUACAACCAGCUGAAAGACAUGUCCGCUAAGUACGGAGUUAAUUAUCCGACAAUGAGAGCUAUCUGGUACUACGGGUUCACGAACAAUAAGUACAAAAUUGUUCACUUGUUUUACAUUUACUUUCUUCAUUUACUUCCGGCACUGCUGGUUGACGCAGCGACGCUUUGCAUGGGCAAACGUCCUCGACUCCUGAAGGUCUACAAGAAAAUUCACCGUUUCAUGAAUGUGCUUAAUUAUUUCUCCACCCAGCAGUGGAGUUUUACCAACGAGCGCUUAAAUUCCUUGGUCAACAGGCUCGAUCCUAGGGACAAGGAUUUGUUCUUCUGUGACAUUAAAGAGCUCGACUGGAAUGAGUAUUUCAAAACUUAUCUAGUAGGAAUUAGAGUUUAUCUGAUUAAAGACCCACUUGACACGCUACCGCAAGCGAGAAUUAAGUGGCAAAGGCUGUACUGGAUGCACCAAUUUGUUAAAUUAGUUAUUUUUUACCUGAUAAUUAAAUUCCUGUGGAAUUUACUAACUUUUAUGGAGAUAAAUGUUUAUGAAAAUGACAUAAACAUUAAUGAAAAUAAUAAUAAUAUUUUAAAUAGAAUAAAUACGGAGCAAGUUAUAACGAGGACUCCGAUUCAAGAUUUUUAUGCCGGUCGAAAUAUCUUCAUAACAGGAGCCUCUGGCUUUCUCGGCAAAACUAUGAUUGAGAAAUUGCUAAGAAUUUGUCCGGAAGUAUCAACUAUUUAUAUAUUGAUGCGACCUAAAAAAAAGAGUAACAUUAUUGAUAGAAUUGAAGAUAUUUUUAACGAACCUAUUUUUGAAGAUUUGAAAAAUAACUCACCGAAAUUACGUCAUAAAAUAGUUGCUAUACCUGGUGAUUGUUCAUUUCCUGAUUUAGGACUGACAUUAGAGGAUCGAAAGAAAAUAAUCGAAGAAGUUUCUGUUGUAUUUCAUAAUGCUGCCACCGUUAAAUUUGAAGAAAAACUUAAAGUUGCAACAACUAUCAAUGCCGGAGGUACUCUGAGUGUUAUCAAUUUGUGUAAAGAAAUUAAAAAUCUAAAGGCGAUGAUUCAUGUGUCAACAGCCUAUGCUAAUUGUCAUCUUGAUACUAUCGAUGAACAAUUCUAUCCUCAUCCUUUAAAGUAUGAAGAUUUACGAGUUAUCGUCGAUAGUCUACCAGAUGAAACUAUUAACGCAGUAUUACCCAGUCUUUUAGAAAAGUGGCCUAAUACUUACACAUACACAAAAGCACUUGCAGAAAGUGUUGUUCGUGAAAAAUCACAAGAUUUACCAAUUGGAAUAUUUCGCCCAUCAAUAAUAAUAUCUUGCGCUGAUGACCCGCUGCCUGGAUGGAUUGACAAUUACUACGGACCGACGGGAGUAAUAGCAGCAGCAGCCGUUGGAUUCUUGCGUAGCAUUCGCAUUAAUCGCGAUAUUUAUGCAAACAUGGUACCUGUUGAUUACACAGUGAAUGCAAUUCUAGCAAGUGCUUGGGACGUCGCUACGCACCCAGACAGACGCGGAGAAAAUAUGCUAAUUUACAACUACACGUCUACCGUAGAAAAUCCAAUCACCUGGGGAUUUUACAUCGACAAUUGCCUGGCAUUUGCCCGGGACUAUCCUCUCAAACAAUCAAUCUGGUAUCUCACAAUGACGACUAGUCAAAGCAAAGUGAUUAACUUUCUGGCAAAUAUAAUAUUGCAUCUCCUCCCAGCGCUGCUUGCUGACAUCCUUAUGGUCUGCAGAGGUCACAAGCCUCACGUUGUUAAAUCUGUCACUAAAAUAAACAAAUUUUUAAACGUCAUCCAGCCGUUUAUGCUGAAGCACUGGAGCUUCAAGAAUGACAACGUUCAGCGUCUUUGGUCAAGGCUUGAUUCUAAAGACAAAUUGAGCCUGAGGUUCUCUUUUGAUGAUUUUGACUGGAGAAAUUAUUUGAGGAAUCACAUGAAGGGAGUCAGGUUGUUUUUAUUCAAAGAGGAUCCUAAUAGCUUAGAAUCCGCCAGAAAAAGAUUACGAAGCUUGCGUUGGAUUCACGAAGCAGUUAAGAUAGCGAUGGGAUUUUUUAUCAAAUUAUUAAACAUAGAAUUUUUGUAUUUAGUUAGAAGUAAUACCGAAAAUGUCUGA